UUUGAGAAUUGCGGAGAACGAAUCUCCGUUCGUUCAGGCCACCGAACACUCAUCGGAGCUCAUACCGCUGACGACCACACAGGCAUUGGCACACUAAACUCUCCGUCGAAGGUUUCCGUCGUAACUGGUUCUCUCCUAAAUUAUAUGGCAGCUCAGUGUUUAUGUCCUUGCAAUCAAUAACAACAAUGGUGGUUGUUCAAGCUUCCAAGCUUAGCUUCACAAACCCUUCUCUCUCCUCUACAACAUCACUUCAAUUUGACGCCCAUUCUCUCUCCCUUGCUCUCAUCCACUCUGAUUCCUCCAUCUCUCUCUAUCCCUCUCUCUCCCCUCUCUCUCUUACCUCUUUUCCUUCUCCCUCCCCGCAAACCCUAAUCCCCCCACCUUCCUCCUCUUCAUCUUUUCUCUCUCUCCAGAGUUCUAACCCUAACACUACCCCUCGUGUUCUGUUCAUUGUCGCCGGCCCACAUAGAGGUGGUUCCCAGAUUCUUCUCAGGUUCUAUAUUGUGCAUGAGAGUAAGAACUUGUUCUCUAGGGCACAGGUUGUUUGCACUCAGAAGGGAGUUAGCUUUGAACCCAGAUUGGGGGUUCUGCUCGAUUUGAAUCAUGGGCUUUCGGUUAAGCUUGCUGGUGGGAUUAAUUAUUUCGCGUUGUGUUUGAAUUCGAGCUCGAAAGUUCUGGUUUUUGGUGUCAAAAUGGUUGGUGGGGAUGAAAUUGGGGUGAAAUUGAUGAGGUGUGCUGUGAUUGAGUGCUGCACUCAUGUCUGGUCGAUGAGUGUCUCGUUUGGGUUCUUGAUUCUGGGGGAGGAUAAUGGGGUUAGGGUCUUCAAUUUGAGGGCACUGGCCAAAGGCAAAGCAAAGAAAGUGAAGUGUUCGAUUUCUAAUGUGAGUGAAAACCAUUGUUUGAAUGGGAGACAUGAUGAUGGUAGAGGAUCCCCAAACGGGUCUUCAGAGGUCCCUUGCAAUGAUUUGUCCGAUGGGAAGAUCAAUAAGCUGAGCGCGGCUAAGCAACAGUUAGAGCAGAAGUCUAUUGGAUUCCCCCAGAACUCUAUUGAGGUGGGUGAAUGCUUUGUAACAUUUACAAGAAAGGAGGAAGGCAACUUGCAAUCCAUGAGAGCAUCUGUGAAGGCAGUUUCAGUUCAAGCACUGUCUUCAAAAAAGUUUAUCAUCUUGGACUCGACUGGAGAUUUACAUGUCCUGUGUCUGGCAAGCCAUGCUUUGGGCUCAAACCUUAAUUACCAUAUGAGGCAGUUGCCUCACGUUGUUAAAGUUCAAAAGCUGGCGAUUCUUCCUGAUAUUUCAUCAAGAACGCCAAUUAUUUGGGUGUCAGAUUUAUACCAUUCUGUCCAUGUUCUGGGUGUGUCUGACAUGGGACCCGCCGUGCAUAAAAAUGAUGCCAGUAAAUGCAAGGACAAGCUAAUGCAAAUAUCAGUUAUCCAAGCAAUAUUUGCUGGUGAGAAGAUUCAAGAUGUUGUGCCUUUGGCUGCUAAUGGUAUCUUACUUCUUGGGCAAGAUAACUUAUAUGUAUAUGCAAUCUCCUGAAGUUACGGGCCACAUUUAGAUGAUUAUGAAGGUUAAUUAAACUUCUGGACUGGUAUUAUUCUUAAUCUUAAGCCUUAAGGUAGAUUUCAAUCUUCUGUAAUAUUUCUCUAUGUAGUAUGCUGAUGUCACCAUGUGACCGAUUCCAAAAUCUUCGUGGCUAUUAUUUGCUUCGUCACCAUGGUUUCUUGUGUUUUAUAGCUGAAGGCAAGACCCCAGUUGUCUCCUUCAUCUAAUAGUUCAAGCGGCCUCGAGAAAACCGAGCUUUUGCAGCAGCCUGGAAAAGGUUAUGGACUAUUGAGGUAGAUGCUUCCUAGCCAAAUCCAUGAAUUAUCUUCUCUGCUUUGUCCAAGACUAGCUCCUGGUACUAGUCCACAACGAUCAAAGUUGAAUCUAGAGCUUAUUAACGAAGCACGUUCAAUGAGGUAACAAUUCGUCUUCCGUGGAGAUUGGAGUAUUGAGCGAUUUGAAAGAUUGUUUGGUGUAGUUGAUGACAUAACAAAAUCUUGGAUCGUUCGAUCAAGUAAAGGUUCUGGUAUUAUAUGUUGGAAUGGGUAUUGAGAUUCAAUGAGAAUGUAAAUGAUUGUUCAUUGGGAUCUGAUUAAAUCAAAUUUGAACUGUGCAUUAUGCA